AUGGCCGAGGCUGUCGAGAAGAUUAAGCUGUUAAAGAGCUCUGCUGACCUCUCAGCGGCGACAUAUCAAAUCCACGACGAGUCACAUACAAUCGGAAAUUCAUUACGAUGGAUGUUGAUGAAAAAUCCAAAAGUGGAAUUCUGUGGCUACAGUGUACCCCAUCCAUCCGAAAAUGUCAUCAAUGUCCGUAUCCAGAUGUAUGAUAAUGCCUCAUCGAUAGACGCCUUGAUCUCUGCCCUCGAAGAACUCGAUAAAGUGUGUGAAGCUGUCGAAGAUGGAUACCUCGCCAGCCUCAGAGAGGACAAAUUCGAACGAUGGGUAGAGAGGACAUAA